UGCAAAACAACGCUGCGUUUUCUAUUCGAAACAAUUUUUUCGUUGAAAAACAUCUCGAGCGUAAUUAGUGUCGCUCAGUGCUACGCAAACCGUGCUAUCGUGUGGAUUACUAUUGAUACACUCUGAAGAACAGUGUCCAGUGAGAAGUGAGACUACAAGUACAAGUACUACAAAAUUCAGAUCUCCAAUCUGAAAUUGAAAGCAUUCGAAUCGAAUUGAAUUUAAUUACGAGGCAGUAUGUCAAAUAAAAGCAACUUCAUUGGCCUGUGCCUGGUGGCGGCUUUAAUGAUGCUGCAGUUUGUUAGCGCGGAUAUCGAAACAAAUGAAGUGAAUGAUAAUUCUGGUGAUAUUUAUAUGCUGCAGGGUGUGCGUGUGUAUCCAAAUGAUCGUCAGUGCGUUCUGGUCGGAGGUCUUUGCGUGCAGAGCGGCGACUGCAACGAACCCACAACCAACAAGGGUCUCUGCCCCAGCAGCUCGCAUCUGGGUGUCGAGUGCUGCUACGAGUUUAAAUCGAAUUUGUUAGCGCCAACCCAAACUUAACUUCCUUUACUCAUUCUAAAACAAAUUGAUUCCUAUAUUCAUAAUGAUUGAAUUGGUAUUAUGUCAAUGUGCUCAUAUCUAUUGUUUUCGUUUUCGUUUUCUUUUCAUCACUAACCCAAAACUACGUCUACGUCUUACCCACUUUCCCCACUUGUCCAUCUUCAACGCAAAUUUCCCGCCCAUCUAAUCCAAUCCAAUGCAGUGCCGGUAAGACCAGCGCCGUGUUCUCAGCACUUGGGCGAAUGCAAGGACACCUGUAAUCUGAGGUUGCAUAGACCUGGCACCGAUUGCGAGAAUGGACAAGUGUGCUGCCUGCUUGUGAGAUAAACACAUCAAAUGCUCUUCAUAUGGAUGGAUCAAACAACACCCCUUAAAAACAACAACAAAAAAUAUAACAAUACUAUAAAGGAAAACAAUUGAGAGCAUAUGUCAACUGUAGACAACACACAUACACACGUAUUUAUUAAAUUAUAUAUUCUUACUUAUAUAUUGUACAAGUAAUUUUUGUAUGAAAUAUUUCUGACUGCUGUAAUAAAACGCACUGUAAAUAUUUUGAACUGA